AUGUCUGACAUAUACACUCCACCUCCACGAACGGCCUACUACCUCGCACAGGCAUUCUAUAUGCCUAGCGACAAAGGAGACCGUUGGGCUAUAUCAUUUUCCGGGAGAAGCUCAGUGCUUGUAGCGUCUGCCCUCUCCGUUGUCGUCACUCUGAGUUUCGCAGCCCUUUGGAAAAUAAUAUGUUUCGUCUCUCUGAUGUUCCAGGGCAACGAGUCCAGGAGGAGAUUUGUUGGCAUGAUAAUGCUUUGGAACUCGGGCGAUGCGAUCGCUGCAUUCCUUCGACUGGUAACGUAUACCGUUCGAUGUUAUCCACGGACAAUCACGAAGCCCAAGACGGGAGAGUCAGAGACUCCCAGCGGGGCUUCUCAAAACACUAGUCAGGAAGGAAAGCGGCCCAAGCAAAGAGGUGACUUCCUGUACGGCUUAUCUCUUUGCCUCGUUUGCUUUGCCGUCUGGGGAGGGAGUGUGGCCAUGUCGACGGUCGUCUCCUGGCUCGUUUCAAUUGGACACGUCGCACCCGUUAACCCAAGCGUCUUGUUUUACCCCGACAUCCCUGGUGAAGUUGCUGUUCAGCAGUUGAAGGAUUUCGGUCUCCGUGCCCCAGGCAUCUUGCGCUCUUUGGGAAGCGUCGAAGCAGCCAAGGUGACGCUGCGCACUCGCGUGAGCAUUGAGGGCGGAGAUACCGGCCUCAUUCCAAACGGAAAUGAUCUUGGCCAUGAGCUCAACUACGAUUAUAACCUCACCGGAGUCGAGUUAGGUCUCCGGGGUGGCGACGGCCUCUCACUAGGGGUGAAGGGCUUCUGCAGAACUGAGUACGACUGGUACCGUCCUGACAUGAGUACCAAUGCCAGCGACGUCUACCACUUGUGGAACAACGAGAAUCAAUCACGGUCCAUCCGGUUGUCUGAGGAUGCUAUUACUCGCGCACCUACCGCCGCCUUUCUGCUCCCCAACGAGUACUUUACAGCGGCCGUGGGGCCACCAGCGGAUUCCAACUACUCCUUCGCUAUAAUAGUGAGUUCCGCGCGGCGGACCAGCGUGACGGAAGGCAGUGAUCCUUGGUAUACGACAGAGCUGCGUGACCAGCCCGCUGACUUAAGUCAUUACAAUGCCAAAUUUUGGAUGAAGCGCGCCAGACCUAUCCUCUCUUGCUGGGAGCAGAUGAAGUGGUUACACAAGGGAACCGCUCUCGACUCGAUUGCCGACCUCAGAUACCAGACAGAUCGAACCAUUCCGGACGUCCUCGUCGCAGUCCUCGAGGCAACAUUCUUCGGUGGCCCGAUGCUUGUCAGAUUAGGAAACGCAAGCGGUGACUCGGCACUCAGGUCUCGAACUACCAGUCCCAACGGGGUGAUUGAUGCAUCCAUGUCAUCCAUUGACACCGACAUGGAGCGGUUAGUCCUCGCGAGCUUCGUAGCGACUCGGAACAUCUUCAAUGAUGCAACCAUGUUCGGUGGCUCCGAACAAAAUUACCCCAAUGUCUUCCGGGGCGGCAACGGACAACCCGAGGAAGGAUCCGGGCACUUUGUGGUAUCCAGCCCGGACAUCCAGACCUUUUCGCUCACCGGGAUCAUCUGUUUGGUGAGCAUCCUGGUCUUUCUCACGGCGAUUUGGCUCUUGCUCGAGUUCCUGCUUCUUGUAUUGAAGGGCCGUCAUCAUCCCUUUUGGUGCAAAUAUCAUGUGCUUGAUGCGGUGCAGUUGUUUCGAUGCCUGUACGAGAAAAACGAUCCUGAUCGUACAUUCACCAAAACCGACCGUCCGACUAGCGAAGACCUGCCGAAAAUUCGGCCCUAUGGCGGCUGGCGGUGCAAUGAAGGGGUACCACAACAGCAAAUUUUCCGCGAAGCUAAUGGCAAAGACACCAUUUUCAACAUUGAAGAUGAUUUUUGCCUGUUGACGCCCUGCAAGGAGAAGUCCUGCAUGGGGCAUAUUCUUAAAGAUCUAGCCAAGGAGGUCAAUCGGAACAGCGUGAUUGAACCCAAGGAACCUGUGAGAUCUGAUCGGACCACUCCGGACCCUGAUACGGCCAUGCCUCAGGGUGACUAUGAGAAACGACCCGCGCACGACACCAUCAACCCCAGUAAUUUGUCCAAUGGCCACAGUUAG